AUGGACGCCACUUCGCCGAUCACCCUGCGCACUCGCAAGUUCAUCACCAACCGUCUGCUCCAGAGGAAGCAGAUGGUUCUGGAUGUCAUCCACCCUGCCCGCCCCAACGUCUCCAAGGCGGAGCUCUCGGAGAAGCUGGGCGCCAUGUACAAGGCGCCCAAGGAGCAGGUCAUCGUCUUCGGCAUGAGGACCGCAUUCGGUGGCGGACGCUCCACCGGCUUCGCCCUCAUCUACGACAGCAGGGAGUCGAUGAAGUUCGAGCCCAAGCACAGGCUUGUCCGCGUCGGCCUGGCCACCAAGACCGAGAAGGCCUCGCGAAAGCUCAGGAAGGAGCGCAAGAACCGCUCCAAGAAGGUCCGCGGUACCAAGAAGGUCAAGGCCGGCGACGCCAAGAAGAAGUAA